CUCGUCUGUGUGUGUCUCUCUGGGCUUGGGCUUGGGCUUGGGCUGGGGCUGGGGCUGGGGCUGGUGCUGGGCCGACCAAGAGGGAGUGAGCAGCCUGACCUAGAGGCUAGAGGGAGAGGGUGGCUUGUCCUCCGCCGACGCCGAAGCCGAAAUCCCUAACGCCGGCGCCGGCGCCCUUGUCCGUUCACCAUCGCGCGCCCGUCCCAUAGCUUGGAUUUCGAUUUCGAUUUAGGGCAAGGGCAAGGGCAGACCACAUGUGCCGUCAACCGUCCACGCCUGACUUGUCUCCAGAUGAGCAGCUUGCUGCCGAAGAAACCUUCAAGUUGUACUGCAAGCCAGUUGAGCUCUGCAAUGUUAUUCAAAAACGAGCCCUUGAUAAUCCCGCUUUCCUGCAAAGAUGCCUUCAUUACAUGAUACAGGCAAGCCGUAAAAAGAGGAUUCAACUAACCGUAUCCCUUUCUCGAGGUAUCGAAUGCCCAGACCAGAAUAUCUUCCCCCUUUAUCUUCUCUUAGCUACACCUACUAGUGAUAACAUCCCACUUGAAGGGCAUUCUCCUAUAUAUCGAUUCAGCCGUGCCUGUUUGCUUACGUCAUUCAGUGAAUUUGCUAGCACCAAAGCCACAUUCAUGAUUCCAGACGUCAAGAAUAUAGCAACCUCCCGAGCUUGCAACCUCAGCGUUAUCCUUAUCCGCUGUGCUUCACAAGGGCAAGCUGGAGAAAACAACUGCUCCGGGGACCAUGUGGAAGCAUCUGCUCUCCGAAAGCUUGAAGGGAAAUGUUUCUGGGGUAAAAUACCAAUUAAUUUACUUGGUUCGUCUUUGGAGAAUUGUGUGACUUUAAAUCUGGGACAUACCGUGGAGUUGGCUUCUACAGUUACUAUGAGCCCAAGCUUCUUAGAGCCAAAAUUUCUGGAGCAGGACAGUUGCUUGACAUUUUGCUCUCAUAAGGUUGAUGCUACGGGUUCAUAUCAACUCCAAGUUGGCAUAUCCGUUCAAGAGGCUGGUGCCAGAGACAUGUCUGAAUCUCCGUAUAAUAGUUACUCAUACAGUGAUGUCCCACCUUCAUCAGUAUCUCAUAUUAUAAGGUUAAGAGCUGGUAAUGUGAUUUUCAACUUCAAGUACUACAACAAUACUAUGCAAAAGACUGAAGUCACUGAAGAUUUUGCUUGCGCCUUUUGCUUGGUAAAGUGUGGAAGCUACAAGGGCCUGGGGUGUCACUUGAACUCAACGCAUGACCUAUUCCACUUUGAGUUUUGGAUAUCUGAAGAAUGCCAGGCUGUUAAUGUUAGUCUGAAGGCUGAUGCCUGGAAAAUGGAGCUUAUGGGCAAGGGAGUUGAUCCAAGACAUCAAACAUUUUCCUACUGCUCAAGGCUUAAGGUGCGUCGUCGAAGGUCGGUAGCCACAGCUGAGAAUAUAAGCCCCGUACAUCCACAUAUCAUGGAUUCAGGUUCACCCGAAGAUACCCAGGCAGGGUCUAAAGACGAGUUUGUUCAGAGGGAAGAUGAUAAUAAUUCGGUAGCACUCGAUUCUGCCGAGCACGAUCACUCAUUAAAUGGUAGCAAUCUUACACCGCCGACAGUACUAGAGUUUGGGAAGACAAGGAAACUGUCUGCGGAGCGAAGUGAUCCCAGAAACCGACAACUCCUGCAGAAACGUCAGUUCUUCCAUUCUCACAGGGCACAGCCAAUAGCAGUGGAACAAGUUUUCUCAGAUCAUGACAGCGAGGAUGAAGUGGACGAUGACAUUGCCGACUUCGAAGAUAGACGGAUGCUUGCUGAUUUUCUUGAUGUCACAAAAGAUGAGAAGCUUAUUAUGCAUAUGUGGAAUUCAUUUAUUCGGAAACAAAGGGUGCUAGCUGAUGGGCAUAUACCUUGGGCCUGUGAGGGCUUUUCCCGGCUUCAUGGACCGCAGCUUGUACAAAACCCUCCUCUGCUCUGGUGCUGGCGUUUUGUCAUGAUUAAGCUGUGGAACCACAACCUACUGGAUGCGCGCGCCAUGAACACCUGCAACAUGAUUCUUGAGGGAUACCACCCCCACCCUAAGAAGAAGACGUGAGUCGAUCGAGCACCUGUGGAUCAUCCCAUUCCCCACCCCAAGAAGAUGUGAGUCGAUCGAGCACCUGUGGAUCAUCCCAUUCCCCACCCCAAGAAGAUGUGAGUCGAUCGAGCACCUGUGGAUCAUCCCAUUCCCCGAUCGAGCACCUGUGGAUCAUCCCAUUCCCCACCCCAAGAAGAUGUGAGUCGAUCGAGCACCUUCCAUUCCAUGGGGGUUGGUUUUGGUUGGUUACUUUUAAACAGAAUCAGAGGAUCCAUGUUUGUAGCCCUGAAAGAAGCUUUUUCUUUCUUUCUUUUGACAGUUAAAAACAGCAGGAGAGGCUCCUACUGGUGUUUCAUUUCCAAAAGUAUGUUACAGGGUAAUUACAAAGCCAUGGCUUGGCAAGAUGUUGGUAGAUUUGAGAUGAUUCCAUCCACAAAUGAGGAUUGUUUAGGGAGGGCUAUUCUCAUUGAGUGUUUACUUUAGCUAGGAUUGAUCUGCCUGUUGAGGUUUUUUUUUUCAUAAAACAAGUCUUUUAUUUAUUUAUUUUGUUUCCAUGUGUCGAGCGAGUAAACAAACACCGUCCAGGAACUAUUCCCCGAAAAA